AUGGGUGGUCAAAGCAGAGAAGGCGGCAAGGUUAAGCCUUUGAAGUCUGCCAAGAAGGAUAAGAAGGAACUCGAUGAGGACGAGAUUGCAUUCAAGGAGAAGCAAAAGGCCGAUGCCAAGGCAAAGAAGGAGUUGAUGGAGGCGGCCAAGGGCAAGAAGGGUCCUCUGAACACCGGUAACCAGGGUAUCAAGAAGUCUGGAAAGAAAUAA